AUGAAUAUUAUUGAAAAUGCUGAAAAAGAAUGUGCCGUACUUGGCUCAUUAUUUCAAGGAAUCGUUAAUGAAAUGAAGAAUAGUUCAACACUAUGGGAAGAUUUAGCAUCAAAGGCAAACAAAAUGCAUUUUCAACUGAAAUCAACAAUUAUCACAUUCGGCCUUUUUCUUGAUGCAUUUCAACGUAUUGCUGAUUUAGCAACCAAUACAAAAGGUGCAACCAAAGAUAUUGGUACAGCCUUGACGCGUUUAAUUCUACGUCAUAAAUCUAUUGAACAAAAAUUAAAAUUCUUUACCAAUUCGCUAGUCGAAACUUUUAUUCAACCAUUAAAUGAAUAUAUUGAAGAAUGGAAGAAAUCUGCAAACACAUUGGAUAAAGAUCAUGCCAAAGGUCUCAAAGACUACAAAAAAUUACGUAAUGAACUACGUAAAAAAGCUUCAGAAACUAUUAAAUUACAAAAGAAAUGUAAAAAAUUGCCGAAACAUGAUACUCUACAUAGUAAAUUAAAUUCAGCAAUACAAGAAGUAUCAAAUUAUUAUGGAAUGUUAGAAGAACGUGAAAAACAAGCACUUAGAUCAGCUAUGAUUGAAGAGCGUAGUCAUUUUUGUACAUUAUUUACUUUAUUAAAACCAGCUAUGGAAUUUGAAAUUUCACUUGGAUCCGACAUGAGUCAUAUCGAAGAUCUUGUACAAUGUCUAAAUAAACAAACAAAUGACCCACAUUGUUUACCAUCAUCGAGCGAACAAUUUAUUAAAGACAUAAAAGGAAUUGAUUACAGUACUAUUGUUGCAUUUAAGACUCCGCCUUCAUCGCCCGGCUCAUUAAGUUCACGUAAAUCAAGUGUUUGUUCAAUAAAUAGUAUCAGUAGUUCAUCGUCAAAUUCAACAAGUAAUUCAAGAAAUUCAAAUCAUAAACAAGGUUCAUUAAAACAACAUCCAUCUCAACUACCUAUACCAAUACAAAAUCAAUUCUAUCAUUCAAAUGCAAAUCGAGCAUCAUCAAUGCCUUUAAAUGUAGCUGUCAGUCGUAUAUCAAGUAUCUCAUCACAAGACUCAGGUUUUACAUCACAAGAACAGUUUUUUGCUCGACCUCCAUCACCUUUAGAAGAGUCAGAACGUGAAGCUGAUGGUAGUACAAGUCCAUUGUUAGUAGUUAGUUCUACAUUGAAUGCUUGGGCAAAACGACCAGAAAUUUCAUCAAAUGCUAAACAACCAGCAACAGUAACUGGUGCACCAGAACCGACAAAAAAUUGUCGGCCAGCCAUAACAGCACAUACAUUUGAUCCUCCGCCACCUAGUUUAUUUGAAAAACCAACUUGGCAAAUAAAUGAAGAUACAAAUUCAAGAAUAUCAAAUAUCUCCGAUGAUACUAUAUUAUCCCGUCAGCAUUCAGUACCGUCGCGUCGUUAUCGAAUACGUGAUCUGAGUCUUGAACGAAAUUUACCAAUGAAAGAACAAUCAAUCACAAAUAAUAUUACUAAUGGGCGAGUUAAACCAAUUCAAUCGCCAACUGUACCACAAGAAUAUUAUGGAAAUUAUAUCGAACAGCACAAUUCAGAAAAUAUCAAUCAAUCGAUUCGAAAUGGUUCAUUACCAUUGGAAACAAUCAUACCGGAUACACGAGCAAUCAAAUGGCGUGAUGGUGUACGUCCGAAUGGUAAUGGUAUGUCUAAUGGUCGGCCAUCAUUUGAGUCUGCUGAUGAAACACUCGAUGAAAUGUAUGAAUAUUUAACGAAAAGUAUUCAUUCAUCAAAUCAGCAACAAACACUUCGCCGUGGCAUGUCAAUAGCGUUGACCCAUAGUGAAAAGCCUGCACCACCAGUGCGUCGUACACCUUCAAUAAAUACAAAUAUUCAAUAUACAAAUAAUAACUACACUAAAACCCGUUUGAAAUGUGUUCAAGAAACGACUCAAUCAACUAUUCAUGAUGAUUUUCCUCCGCCACCAGAAUUUCUUCUGUCUAAUGAUAAUAAACCAGAAACACAAUCAUCAUCAUCAUCCACAGCAACUCAUUCAACUUUACUUGCUGAAAUUCAACGCGGUGGUUUUAAAUUACGUAAAACGGCCAUAGAACGAGAUAGAUCAUCUCCACGUAUAAAAUAA